UGACAUAAGCCUACCGGGGGAAGGGGAGGUGUGGCACUAGACAAGGAUAUUUAAUACUGCAACAUAGUAACACAACGGGUAAAGUUGUGGAGGUAAGGGAAGGAAUUCGUACACAGAAAGGUAUUGAAUUAACGGGCUUGGUUGAAGCCCGAGAAAGGGCGGAGACGCGCUUCUUGAUGGCUGUCUGACUUUUAGCACUAUGAAACAGGAAAACUAGCAGGCAUAAGGGAAAGUAAAAAAAAAGAAAACGUUAUUGCUAUUCGGUGCCAGUCUGUUGCUUCUCUACUGAAUAUGGCAGGGACACGUACAAGAAGAGGGGCUGGUUUGGAACAGUCCCGAACUGCGAGGGCAGCUGCUCUUGCUGACGAGUUGCACCAUGAAUGCACUUUUUUAUUGGAACUUUAUAGAAAAAAGGAGGCGUUCUCCGAGGAACUCACCGUCGGCGGGGAGCGCCUGGUGACCGUGCCGCUGCUCUCCUCCCAGCUCUCACCGAAUGACAGGUUGUGGCGCCUCUACUCCGCCCUGCAACAGUGCCGGAACCUCCUGGAGCGUGCCAUUGGCCUGGAAGAGGGGGUGGGAAACGACGGGGACAGGGUCCAAUACGAAAGCCAGAAGAAAACAGUGAGGGACCGGCUGGGGCACCUGCUAGCGAGCACACGGCUCCUCCUGGAGGACGGAGCUGGAACUGCAGCCUUCACUCCUGAUCCGAAGAAUACUGAGAUAGGUAGUCCGGUGAACGGCGGCCCGUUUCAGCUAAAGCUCUGGAUCUACCGCAUCUUCAACGAGCUGGAGUACUGGACGCUCGCCGCCUCCAAGACCCUGAAGGCCCUGCACUCCGACGGAGCCGCCCCCAAGGAGCGCGGAACGAGGGGGAGGCCAAGAGGGAGGAGGACCCGGAGAUGAGAUAGUAGAGAUUGGAAGAAGUAGCCUGUGAGUGAGGAACGAGAGAGCAGGGGGGAGAGAGGGGGAGAGAGAGAGGUAACGAUGGAAAGAAAGAGAGAGAGAUAGAGAGGUAGCGACGGAAAGAAAAAGAGAGAGAGGGAGAGGUAGCGAUGGAAAGAAAGGGAGAGAGAUAGAGAGGUAGCUUGAGAGGAUGAGGUAGGAGGAUCUGAUGUGGAAGAAGAAAGAGAGAAGGCAUGCAGGAGUCCGAAAGUCUGAGAGAGAGAGAUG